AUGGCUGAUACUACACCUGAUAAAAAAAUACUUACACUAGCUGACGUUAAAAAAUUAGCCGAAGAUCCUAAUAAAUGUAUUAUGAUCAUACAUAAUCAUGUGUAUGAUGUAACAAAAUUCAGUGAAGAGCAUCCAGGUGGUGAAGAAGUUUUAAAAGAACAACAUGGUAAAGAUGCAUCAGAUGCAUUCGAAGAUGUAGGCCAUAGUUUUGAUGCACGUGAGCAAAUGAAAGCAUUUCAAAUAGCUGAACUUCAUCCAGAUGAUCACAAAAAAAAUGCUCGAUCUCGUCCUUUAGUUAUUAAUUCUACUGAUUAUGCUUCUAAUCAUGGUGCAAUAUCUUGGAUAAAAUGGGUUAUUCCUCUUGUGAUAGUUAUAGUUGCUAUUAUUUACUUCAGAGCAAUGGCUAGACCAGAUCCGGAUAUAAAUAGACCACCAAAAGCCAUAUAA